GCAUGUAUAGUGCAUGAAUCCUUGCAGCAAUAGCUGGACAAUACUCUUCAUCCCUUGUCUUCUUCCAUUUGUUAAAACACCCUCCGUAAGCCAACAUGCAUCCCCUGGUGUCUGUUGUGCUAUUCACAUGUGGUGUCUGCAGAGGUACACCAGGUUUGUGGGCUGCUUCUUGGAGUCAGCAGAGAAACAUUUCAUGAAAGGCUAUUGGGUGAACUAUUAUAUCUUCACUGACAACCCUGAGACAAUUCCCAACGUCUGGCUGCAACCUGGAUGAAGGUUUGUCAUUGUUCCCAUCAAGAAAUACCCCAGCUGGCCAGAGAUCUCCAUGCUCAGGAUGGAGGCCAUAAAAAAGCACAUUGCAGAGACAAGCCAUCAGGAGGUGGACUACCUCUUCUGCCUGGACAUUGACAUGGUGUUUUACAAUGCCUGGGGGCCUGAGACCCUGGGUGAUAUAGUAGCAGCUGUACACCCUGCCUAUUUCAGUGUCCCUUGAAGCCAGACCCCUUAGGAGAGGCAGAGCUCUUCAGCAGCCCACAUCCCUGAUGAAGAAGGGGACUUCUGCAGAGGAGGAGCUGUGUUUGGAGGGCUUAUCAAGAAGGUCUGUGAUUUCACCAGGAUCUGCCACAUGACCAUCCUGAUGGACAAAGCCAAUAAGAUCAUGGCAGCCUGGCAGGAAGAAAGGAAUCUCAACAGUCGCUUCCUCUUCCACAAACCCUCCAAGGUGCUUUCUGCAGAGUAUGUAUGGGAUGCCAGGAAGCCAAAUCCCCCUAAAAUUCACCUAAUUUUUUCCACAGUGGAUAAGAACUACAAUGAGAUACGAGAUUGACCAUCUGAUCUCUGCAGAGAUGUCCUCCACACACACUCCUUCCUCAAAGCAACUAAAUACUAGCUCCCACAGAACAUGCCCCACCAUGAGUUUUUGUUCCCAGUGUGAACAAACUGAGAAAGGAAGAUGUCAUGGUUUCUCUGGAGAACAGAAGCCUUAAUGCAUUUUAGAAGCAGCAGCUGAAGUGGAGGUGAGAAUGAAAAUGUUUCCAAGUUCCUAAUCUUUGUCAAUACAAGCCUCCCACUUAAGGCUGCAGCACACAAAAAAGCAUCCAAAAGGCCAGUUACCAAAUGCAAGACUUGUCCUUACGGCAAGGCUGCAGAUGCCUUUGCCUGACUGUUUUCCUGAGGCCUAGCAGAAACUUGUCAAAAUCAAAACAAUAUUUACCAUCCCUGUGGAGAAGACCUAGAGUUUUAGUAAAGACCUUUUCACUUAAAAAAACCCCAACAAACCAACC